GACCUCUGAAAAGAACUGGCAAUACAAAAUAUGACAUUUAACAAAGAUGGCGGCGGUAGUUCCAAAUUUCACCGACUUCGUAAAUCCACCUCGCACUUGUAUAAUUCAGAAAACCUAAAAUGCCGCUGUUAGGUGAAGAAUUCCCUGAUUUUACUGCAAAUACCACGGAAGGUGAAAUCAACUUUCACGAAUGGGUCGGAAAAUCAUGGGCAAUACUUUUUUCUCAUCCUUCCGAUUUUACGCCUGUCUGCACCACAGAGUUGGCCCGUAUUUUGAAUCUACUGCCAGAGUUUAACAAACGCAAUGUUAAAGUUAUAGGACUAUCUUGUGAUACUGUUUCUUCCCAUAAGGAAUGGUGCAAAGAUAUAAAACACUAUGCAGGUUUCAAUGAGGAUGAGAAGUUCCCUUACCCAAUUAUUGAGGACAAAGAUCGUAAGGUAGCAACCUUGCUAGGUAUGGUGGACAAGGAUGAAUUAGAUACUAGUGGGAUGCCUCUUACAGCACGAGCAGUUUUUAUAAUUGAUGCCAAUAAGAAAUUUCGAUUGUCCUUUCUUUACCCUGCUACAACCGGAAGAAACUUCGAUGAGAUACUCCGCGUGAUUGACUCUUUACAAUUGACUGAUAAAGCUAAAGUUGCUACUCCCGUUGAUUGGAAGGUAAAUGGCGCACAUUUCCAUAUGGCGCCACGUGCGGGUGGUGAAAAUUAGAACUAUUUUGUAUGAUAUAAUAAACCAUUUCCCAGUGAGUUAUAAUUGACGCAUUUUUCAACAGAAUAGUCGAUGCAUUUUUUGCAGAGUAUUUGUAGUUUAAGAUUAUAUUCAAAUAUUAUUGCUCUAAGUAAUAUUUAAAGAAAUAUCCUGCUUUAUUUAAUUCUCAGUUAUGAAUACGCGUAUGGUAACCACAUUAACAUUUUUUAGGACAUGAAAG